AUGGCGCUCUCUGCUGCGCCGAUCUCCCAGCGCACACGCGUGCUGCGCGGGGGUCUCACAUGGCCUGCAGUGCGUGGCGCGCGUCUGUUACGUGCCUUAACGCCCACGCAAGGGGGAGAAGAUGCUCAAGCAGAAGAAGAUUAUCACUUCAGCUCCGCUUUCCCGUAUGAAUUGGAGCUUUGCGUCCCAACAGCGGGUCAUGUGGCUUUAGUAUUGGUCCACAGGCCUCCAGAAGUACAAUUAAUCCCGACUAUGACUCGCAGCAGUACUCAGCCCGCUCCAGCAGCGCCACGCGUCGUGUACGUCCUGGAUGCAUUGCCUCCUUCUCGUCGAGGAGCUCGUGAAGAUUCAUCCAAGUCGAGGAAGAAUAAAACCCCGGGGGAACAAUUACCUCCGCAGCAAGUGGACGAACUGGAGCUGCUUCAAGAGCUCUUUGCACCUCACACUCGAGCUGCAGGGGGCAAAGAGGGCAGUGUUUUAAUCAAACCUCCCGUCUUGUGCGCCAGAUUCGACUGUCGCGUGGUUUCUAUCCGGUUUAUUCGCAGUGGAGGCAGUCGACAACACACUAAAAAGCCUCAAAGAGGUCUAAAUGACUCGUCUUCGUCAUUUAAGUCGUCCAGAGUGAUUGGAACUGCGCCGUUACGGUGUGUGGUAGCCAGAGAAGACGGCAUGGCGUUUCUGUGGGAGUGGCAGGCCGAUUUGUUCCAGUGGGUCUUUUUAAACAGGUUGUGCUUCUUAGAGAACCCAAAUCUGAAGUGGACGAGGCCUGUGGCAGCUUUUACGACGACAUAUUUGCCGUUAGAGGACGCUGCAAGUGGCAGGGGGUCUGGUGCCAGUGGCGCGACGGAGUUUGUGUGGUGGUCGACCGCGACAAAGCACGAGCCGAAGCUUAAGCUACGACGACUGCGCUUUGAGCGUGCGACGGAUGCUUUGCGAGCUACUGAUGUGGUUAUGGGCAGUGCGUUCACUUCCAAGUCGACGUGCGACGACGUCGUGAAGCUGCUGAGUUCAAAACUCGGUCUCUAUGCGAUCUCGAAGACGCAAGGAGUGUUGUUUCGAAGCUCCACAGCUUCCUUACGCACUGUGGCAUUGAGUUGGGAGGAUAUUUUUAUGAGGAGUCAAGUCUUGGAGAUGUCACAGCUAGCCAUGUGUCUCCACACUGUGACUGGCGAGCUGGUGAUUCUACACCGAGAGACAGGAGACGUUUACCUUGUGACGCCGAAAGCCAAGACUACUUCUUCGACGAUUGAGGCGACUAGCAGUGAUAAUGCGUCGUGUACGAUGCUGUUCGCGCGAAAGAUAACGACGUUGGCGUUGUGGCAGCAGUCAAGUGAAGAGGAGAGCGCUGAAGUACUGGAUGUUGCAGCACAUCGACACGUUUUCCUUGUACUGACUUGUCGUGGGGUUCGUGUCCACACGUUGAUCGCUGGCGACCUGCUUGAGACUGUAACACUGCCAGAUGCGAGUACACGGAAGGCUAAGCAACGUGGAGCGAAUUUCAAGCUGUGGACCAUUGCAGGGAGUGCAAGUUCGGUAGGUUUAUGGUCUCCGGGAGGCUUCUGGACGAUCCGCUUGCCUCCAGCUAAGGCAAUUGCUGGGGCACUACAUCAACAGCCAAUGGAAUCGGAGAAACGGAAUCCUGAUGCGGCAUUCCUUGCCGUGAAGGAUUAUGGCACAGGUGACUUACAUCUAGAAGCCGUACGCUACGCUCUGGAAGUACUAGAGCGUGUGACUCCGUCGGCGAUGGAUCCAAGUCAAAGCCAUCCAGAGGCUUGGGAAGCUGUGUGGCACACUGUCUCUAGUCCAGCAUUACUCUUGGCUCUUCUCGACAAUCGUGCUACGUCAGAGCACGUAGUUGACGAGCUUGCUCGGCACGUUGCUGCUAUAUACAAAACCGCCGGUGGUAUCCGCUCCUACGGUCGGUUGGAUGGAGCAGGGCAACAGGCUACUAGCAAUGAGAACCAUUUGCUGCGACUGACACCAGCCAAUCUCGAAUCUCUCCACCAUCUCUCCAACUGGAUCGUGCUCGCUAAGCGUAAGCUGGCUCGGUUGGAAGUCAGCGGUGACAACGUGGAAGAUUCUAUGGAAAAUUCAAAUACUCGACCGAUUCGAGCCGCGAGUGACCUUACGUAUGUACUCGCGAACAAAGACGAUUUAUCAGUGACUCAGGACGAAGGGAGUGGGCUUCAACGUAAACAUUCGAUGAUUGAUCCAGAGGAUGCGCACAACUUUCGACUGAGUCGAAAACUACGUCCUAUGAGUAGCUUGCGCUUCGCUGCCGGGUGUAGUACUGUCUCCGAACGACAGGGAAGGCAGUGGCUGCUACAGCUUGAGUCUUUCCUCUUGGGAGGUGUGGCUUUUAAGCAGCAAGAAUCUGGUGGUACGCGGCGUGAAGAGGCAACGCCAAGUCAUCGUCUGUUCCAUAGUGAGCGAGUAUUGGCAGAUUUCCGACAUGUUGCAGCGUCUUCGUUCUCCAAGCACAUGUAUCUGGAGUCCAUGAGUCGUUUGUAUCUGCUGUACGAGCCCGAGUCGCUGCUUCCUUUUAUUCGCUGCGUCGAGCGCUUCUGUCCUCGCCUCUUCUCGCUGUCUGGCCAGCAACCUUUGGUUCGAUCACAUGCAGAGCGAGCACUGACUCUGUUCCCUCCGCUUGAGUUUUUCACGACCAAAACGAGCAAGAAGAAGAAGCUCGGGCACGUAGUACUGUCUCCAGCUCGAUCUACUUUUUACUGCUGGAAUAUUGCAUGCGACACCGUGAUGCUGAGGAGCUGAAGGUGCUGUUGAUGCUCAAGCCAGCGCACGUGGACAUGCUGCAUGUUCUACGAGCUCUUCGCACUACCUUUUCCAGUACUAAUCAGUCGCAGAAGGGUGAAGGAGCAGGUGUCACUGUUGGCGACUUGCGAUCGGUACUUGUGGCUUUGAUGCAGCAACGGCGUAUCGGUGUGGCGAAGUGAGUUUUGCAGUGUCCAGUGCUGUACCGCCAACAAGUGGGAAUAAAAAUCAGCAAUGUUUGAAUUUGGCUGUGGAAUAAAAAGCUACAGUAGCUACUCGUCUUGGCGACGUUGGACUUGAAGAACUUCUGGUUCUUGGAGAAAAAAAGGAAUUGGUGAUUUACGGCUUGGGCGAUGGAGUGGCCUUGUAGGUCGUGUUGGGCAUCGGAAAGAGUUCAAGAGCCGUGCCGUUCAUCGGAGGCUUCAGACCAUCCGCCUCAUUCGCCUUCUCGUUGUCAGCACAGUGAAUCGGGUAGUGUUUAUCGUCAUGGUCGGUCUUGACGAUCAUCGGCUCGUCCAGUCCAUGGUGGUCCUUGUCACCCGUGGGCUUUGGCGCGGGGU